AAACCUAGAUUUUUCCGUGCUAAUGCAUAUAAAAAUCCUCGACGGUGACAGAGUUCCGAUCCAUCUCUGUCUCUACGUCCAAAAUUCAAGAUGGACUGCGCCAUCUGUAACUGUAGGCCCAUGGUGCAGUAUUACACGAAUCAGAGGAACUUCAUCUGCGACGCCUGCUACGACGGCGCAAAGAGCAUGAUGACCUUCUUGAAUGCCGAUCUCGACGGCGAUGCCCACCGCAAAGCCGCCGCCAGCAUUUCUCACGGCUCCAAUUCCCUGCCACCCAAGGGGAUUCGGCGUGCGCUCGAGAGGAUGAAGGAGAUGCAAGGGAGGGAGAAGGCGACGAAGGAGAAGGUGGCUUUUCUUGAUGGGUUGGCGGCGCUGUCCGAAGGGUUGCACACCGACAUUUUGGUGAAGGCUGGCGACGGCCAACCAGUUCCGGCCCAUCGAGCAUUGCUGGCUUCUAGAUCCGAAAUCUUCAAGACCAUGCUGCUCGCCGACGACUGCAAGGCCGCUCCUGCCGGCGGCAUCGUCUCGCUUCCAGAGCUCACGCACCGCGAGCUGCGGCACCUGCUAGAGUUCCUCUACACCGGCGAGCUUCCACCGGUGGAGCAGGAUCUCUUCUCGACCGUGCUCUCCCUGCUCGGCGCGGCCGACAAGUACGACAUCCCCUUCCUGCGGAAGUCCUGUGAGCGGUGGGUUCUCGCGGACCUUCGCGUCGGCAACGCCCUCGAGGUGCUGGACGCGGCGCAUCGAUGCUCCGGCGUGGAGCUGAAGGAGCGGGCGAUGCGGGUGGUGGUGGAGAAGGCGGAGGAGGUGCUGUUCUCCCCGGAAUUCGAGGCGUUCGCCGGCCAGAACUCGGAUCUGUGCGUGGAGAUCACGAGAGCACUGGUGAACGACAAGACGAAGCAGAAAGUAAAGCAUGAGCCAGUUCAUAAAUGGUAAUUAAUUGUGUUUAUGUUUCAUAUGAGUCAAAGUAAGUGUCCUUUCUCUUCUCCGUAGUAUAAAUUUUCUAUGUUUAGGUGAAGAUUAUAUUUUCUAUGCAAUCAAUUAAUU